CGCGUGAGCGGUUCAAUGGGGCCUACCGGCGGCGGCGCGCUGCGCGCCGAGGGGCGGGGCCUGGCGGCGGUUGCUGGCGGAGCCUUGGAGGGGGAGAAGGCUGUCGUUGCCUUGGCCGUCGCAUCCCCGAGGGAGUCGUGUCGGCGCCACCCCGGCCCCCGAGCCAGCAGAUUGCCCACCGAAGCUCGUGUGUGCAUCCCCGAUUCCGCCAGCCACUCGCCCCUGGCCUCGCGGGCCGUGUCUCCGGCAUCAUGUGUGAAUUUUACUGCUGAGGAAACAGAUAUUGAAGAAAUAAAAAAGAUGACUAAAAUAAGAGAGUUGCCUUCAAGGAAUUGCUGCCUGAUCAGAGGAAAGAAUGCACAUGCAACAGCUUCAGGUAUAUUUGCUUACUUAAACUACCAUGUUCCUCGAACGAGACGAGAAAUCUUGGAGACCCUAAUCAAAGGCCUUCAGAGACUGGAGUACAGAGGAUAUGAUUCUGCUGGUGUGGGAUUUGAUGGAGGCAAUGACAAAGAUUGGGAAGCCAAUGCCUGCAAAAUCCAGCUUAUUAAGAAGAAAGGAAAAGUUAAGGCACUGGAUGAAGAAGUUCACAAGCAACAAGAUAUGGAUUUGGAUAUAGAAUUUGAUGUACACUUUGGAAUAGCUCAUACCCGUUGGGCAACACAUGGAGAACCCAAUCCUGUCAAUAGCCAUCCCCAGCGCUCUGAUAAAAAUAAUGAAUUUAUUGUUAUUCACAAUGGAAUCAUCACCAACUACAAAGACUUGAAAAAGUUUUUGGAAAGCAAAGGCUAUGACUUCGAAUCUGAAACAGAUACAGAGACAAUUGCCAAGCUCGUUAAGUAUAUGUAUGACAAUCAGGAAAGUCAAGAUACCAGCUUUACUACCUUGGUGGAGAGAGUUAUCCAACAACUGGAAGGUGCUUUUGCACUCGUAUUUAAAAGUGUUCAUUUUCCUGGGCAAGCAGUUGGCACAAGGCGAGGUAGCCCUCUGUUGAUUGCUGUACGGAGUGAACAUAAACUUUCUACUGAUCACAUUCCUAUACUCUACAGAACAGCUAGGACUCAGAUUGGAUCAAAAUUCACACGGUGGGGAUCACAGGGAGAAAGAGGCAAAGACAAGAAAGGAAGCUGCAAUCUCUCUCGUGUGGACAGCACAACCUGCCUUUUCCCGGUGGAGGAAAAAGCAGUCGAGUAUUACUUUGCUUCUGAUGCAAGUGCUGUCAUAGAACACACCAAUCGCGUCAUCUUUCUAGAAGAUGAUGAUGUUGCAGCAGUAGUGGAUGGACGUCUUUCUAUCCAUCGAAUUAAACGAACUGCAGGAGAUCACCCUGGACGAGCUGUGCAAACACUCCAGAUGGAACUCCAGCAGAUCAUGAAGGGCAACUUCAGUUCAUUUAUGCAGAAGGAAAUAUUUGAGCAGCCAGAGUCUGUCGUGAACACAAUGAGAGGAAGAGUCAACUUUGAUGACUAUACUGUGAAUUUGGGUGGUUUGAAGGAUCACAUAAAGGAGAUCCAGAGAUGCCGGCGUUUGAUUCUUAUUGCUUGUGGCACAAGUUACCAUGCUGGUGUAGCAACACGUCAAGUUCUUGAGGAGCUGACUGAGUUGCCCGUGAUGGUGGAACUAGCAAGUGACUUCCUGGACAGAAACACACCAGUCUUUCGAGAUGAUGUUUGCUUUUUCCUUAGUCAAUCAGGUGAGACAGCAGAUACCUUGAUGGGUCUUCGGUACUGUAAGGAGAGAGGAGCUUUAACUGUGGGGAUCACAAACACAGUUGGCAGUUCUAUAUCACGGGAGACAGAUUGUGGAGUUCACAUUAAUGCUGGUCCUGAGAUUGGUGUGGCCAGUACAAAGGCUUAUACCAGCCAGUUUGUAUCCCUUGUGAUGUUCGCCCUUAUGAUGUGUGAUGAUCGGAUCUCCAUGCAGGAAAGACGCAAAGAGAUCAUGCUUGGAUUGAAACGGCUGCCUGAUUUGAUUAAGGAAGUACUGAGCAUGGAUGAUGAAAUUCAGAAACUAGCAACAGAGCUUUAUCAUCAGAAGUCAGUUCUGAUAAUGGGACGAGGCUAUCAUUAUGCUACUUGUCUUGAAGGGGCACUGAAAAUCAAAGAAAUUACUUACAUGCACUCUGAAGGCAUCCUUGCUGGUGAACUGAAACAUGGCCCUCUGGCUUUGGUGGAUAAAUUGAUGCCUGUGAUCAUGAUCAUCAUGAGAGAUCACACUUACGCCAAGUGUCAGAAUGCUCUUCAGCAAGUGGUUGCUCGGCAGGGGCGGCCUGUGGUAAUUUGUGAUAAGGAGGAUACUGAGACCAUUAAGAAUACAAAAAGAACAAUCAAGGUGCCCCACUCGGUGGACUGCUUGCAGGGCAUUCUCAGCGUGAUCCCUUUACAGCUGCUGGCUUUCCACCUUGCUGUGCUGAGAGGCUAUGAUGUUGAUUUCCCACGGAAUCUUGCCAAAUCUGUGACUGUAGAGUGAAGAAUAUCUGUACAAAAUGUACGAAACUGUACAAUUAAGCAACACAAGACACCUUUUGUAUUUAAAACCUUGAUUUAAAAUAUCACCCCUUGAAGCCUUUUUUAGUAAAUCCUUAUUUAUAUAUCAGUUAUAAUUAUUCCACUCAAUAUGUGAUUUUUGUGAAGUUACCUCUUACAUUUUCCAGUAAUUUGUGGAGGACUUUGAAUGAUGGAAUCUAUUGGAAUCUGUAUCAGAAAGAUUUUAGCCAUUAUUUUCUUUAAAGAAUGCUGGGUGUUGCAUUUCUGGACCCUCCACUUCAAUGUGAGAAGACAGUAUGUUUCUAAAAAUUUGUGCUUGUUUCACCAUGCUUCAUUCAGACCAAUGAAAGAGUAGUGCAUUUAAUUGGAGUAUCUAAAGCCAGUGGCAUUGUAUGCUCAUACUUGGACAGUUAGGGAAGGUUUUGCCAAGUUAUAUAAAGAGAAGAUGUGAUUUAUUUUGAAAUUUGUUUCUGUUUUGUUUUUAAAUCAAACCGUAAAACUUAAAACUGAAAAAUUUUCUUGGUAGGAUUUAUAUCUAAGUUUGGUUAGCCUUAGUUUCUCAGACUUGUUGUCUAUUACCUGUAGGUGGAAGAAAUUUAGGAAGCAAAAUAUUAUAGUAGUGCAUUGGUGGGUCUCCAAUCCUUAACAUAUUUGCACAAUUUUGUAGCACAAACUUUAAAUUUGAGCUGCUUUCGACAACUGACAAUAUGAUUUUAAAUUUGAAGAUGGGAUGUGUACAUGUUGGGUAUCCUACUUCUUUGUGUUUUCAUCUCCUAAAAAUGGUUUUCAUUUCCUUGUAUCUGUAGUCUUUUUAUUUUUUAAAUGACUGCUAAAUGACAUAUUUUAUCUUGUUCUUUAAAAUCACAACACAGAGCUGCUAUUAAAUUAAUAUUGAUAUAUUCAGUAUUCUCUUAAACUUUGUCACAAGGAAGAAUUUCCUAUAGUUAAUUUUAACUUCCCUUGACUGCAUUGUUGCGUAAAACUAGUCCCUUAGUGCCAGUUUGGAAGUUAUUUGUGAUUGUUUGGAAGAUUUGCAGGUCGUUGACCUCAUCAUUUCCAGUAUAUGUGGUAGGCUAAGCUCAGAAAAAGGUAUGUAUGCUUUACACUGAUAGCCACCAAAUUUAGUAUUACAUUCUAGGUAUUUUUCUCUCUGUAUUUUCCGUGCUCUACCCCUGAAAUAUAUUUAGGAAUAAAGAAGAUAUAAAUAAAGUGAUACUGGGGUAUGUUCAGCUUAUAGGUGUCAGAAAUGGAAGUUGACAAUUUGGAUUAAAAUAUUUAAAGUAGAAUAUUAUUAUUUGAUACCCCCAAAAUUAUGAGUAAUGAUUUCUUCAUGGAGCUUUUCUGGCCAGAUCUUCAAGGCUAUAGGAGGGUGUGUCUGUUUUUGGUGAAGUCCUUUUUCAAAGUUUUUUACUUUUAAAUUGUGAAGGUAAGCUAUUUAGCACAAUUAUUUAAGUAAGCUAAGUCUUUUCCUUCCUUUCUUUUCUCAUUUGAACUUCUUGGUGAGGUUAAGAUUUUCUAAUAGUUAUUGUUGUUGCCAGAGAAGCAUAGAAUUCUGCUUGUGUAUUAGGGUUAGAGAAAGAUUUGUUAUAUUUUGAGGUAAUUUGGAAGGACUUUCAUACAUGGUGACUAGAAACCUGAUCUUUUUAAGAAUAAAAUAGGGUCACUAUUUACAUUAUAUAUAUAUAUAUAUAUAUAUAUAGCUAUUAUAGCUAUGUUAAUCUACUUUAAUUGUUUCUAAGAUUAUUUUGUGUAAGUCAGCUAGUGUGUGUAUAGUAUCAUUUCUUUUUUUUUUUUUUUUUUGAGAUGGAGUCUCGCUCUGUCGCCCAGGCUGGAGUGCAGUGGCGCAAUCUCGGCUCACUGCAAGCUCCGCCUCCCAGGUUUACGCCAUUCUCCUGCCUCAGCCUCCCGAGUAGCUGGGAUUACAGGCGCGAGUAUCAUUUCUUAUGAUUGGUAUAUUAACAUUUUACAAACAUGAUUCGUGUGGGUUUGUAGCAUUUCUUAUAGUUUAAAGUUUGAUUCAGCAUUCUAAGUUAAAACUAAUGUGUGAAAUCAAUCAUUAGCGUGCAUAAUCUCUGUCUCCCUCUCUGUGUGUCUUUCUAUGAAGCACAUGUGUACACACACACACACACACACACUUACUGAAAGCUAGGGUAAGUUCUAAACUGAAUAUCGAAAACCAAAAUUAAGAACAAAGAAGUGAUAUUUUCCAAACAAACAUGGAUUCUCUGCCGGAUGCAGUGGAUCAGCCUGUAAUACCAGUCUCCACUUUGGGAGGCUGAGGUGGGAGGAUUGCUUGAGCUCAAGUUUGAGAAUAGCCUGGGCAACAUGGUGAGACCUGGUCUCUACAAAAAUAUUUUUGGCCAGAUGCUGUGGCUCACACCUGUAAUCCCAGUACUUUGGAGGCCGAGGCAGACAGAUCACGAGGUCAAGAGAUCGAGACCAUCCUGGCCCACAUGGUGAAACCCUGUCUUUACUAAAAAUACAAAAAUUAGCUGGGUGUGGUGGCACGCGCCUGUAGUCCCAGCUACUUGGGAGACUGAGGCAGGAGAAUCGUUUGAACCCAGGAGAUGGAGGUCGCAGUGAGGUGAGAUCGCGCCACUGCACUCCAGCCUGGCAACAGAGCAAGACUGUCUCAAAAAAAAAAAAUUUUUUUUUUAAAUUGGCUUGGCAUGGUGGCUUGCACCUGUAGUCUGAGCAACUUGGGAGGCUUAAGUAGGAGGAUCACUUGAGCCUGGGAGUUUGAGGCUACUGUGAGCUGUGAUUGCGCCACUGUGCUUCAGCUUGAGUGACAGAGUGAGACCCUCCUGACUCAAAACAAAAAACAUGGUUUCUCCUUCUCUCCUGUCUUCUUACUCUCUAUCCCAUUUGAGUAGUGAUUUUUAAAUGCUUUUAUAAGUUCUUAACAUAAAAGAGACAUUGUAAUGAGGCACACUACUCAAGUGACCAUGCCCAGUUAAAACCAGUGUAAUAUAGAAUAAGAAAAUCUGAUUUUUCAAAAAAGAUACUCUACAUAAAGAAUCCUUCAUAUAAAAAGUUCUUUUUUGUACUACAUUUAAAGUUUUAAUUCACUCAUGUAUAACUGAGAAUUCCUUACCCUCUGAGCCCUUUUUAGGCAGGGAGGCAUGUCUGUCAUCUAGCAUGUGGCCCAGUAAAUGAUUAUUACAUUGGAAUCAGUUUUUCAAUCUUUUAAAAAAAAUUCUAUGCCGUAAGAAUAAAAGAUAAAGGGAAAAAUUAAUGUUAACUCUUUUUAGCUUAUUAUAACUAUGUCAACAAGUGUUUAUUAAUACCUAUUAUGAGAAAGUCACUGUGGUAGGCAUUGAAAAUUACAUCAUCUUUAAAGCAGUGUUUGUCUCCAGGUGGACUCAUCACUAGCAAAGACUAGGUUCAUUGGAAGGCAUAGGGUGAGAGAAUGGGAAGAUGGAGUGGAGGUGGGUUGUUAAAGUGCUGUGAGUGAGUGAUUUUGUCUGCUUGAAUAAUGGUCCAUGUUUGGGGGCAUAUUGUGUUUCAUAAGAAGUGAAAGGUAUUUGCAAAGUAAGCUACAAAUGACCCAUAAAUCUGUAAACAACACUCCUUAAUAUGCAAAGAUGAAAAACAAGCAUUACUACUACCCAAAGAGAACUGGUGCUUGGUGAUGUGCAGAUGGGGCUGUUGGUUAAGAGAGCUAUUACAGGUUUUCUCUCUUAGGUUUCAUAGGAGGUAGUUUCUGAGGUGAGAUUGUUUUAUCUUUUUGAAUACAGAUCUCUUGUUCUGAGUUAGUUCUGAGGAUGGGAGGAAAGGAGUUUUUUUUGUUUUUGUUUUUGUUUUGCUUGUUUGUUUUGUUUUUGGCUCCUUAGUAAUACUCCUCUGACAUUUAUUUCUAUUCUUCUUCAAAGAAAGGAAACCAACUGAAAUGUUUGCUUUAACAAACAUUUUAAGAAGUUCUUUGGGUUUUUUCCUCCCUUUUAAAAAAAUUAGGAUAUACCAUAGCAACAAAAGAACUAAUGUAAACUAUUGUACGCUACAACUUAAGUGAUUUUUUUCUAAAGAAGCACAAUGUCAUUGAAAGUAUUAUUGAGAAGGAUCAUAGUCACAUUGAAUUUGUGAAGGCCAAAGAAAUUGAAGGGAAUGAUAUUUUCUUUUUAUGAUAUUCACAUAUUUAGUAAAUUUUGUGUACAAGAAUACCAGGCAGAGUAUUUUACCCAUGGAAACAGGUUUCAGAUUGCUUUGUUUUUACUGUUAGAGUCUCAAGUUUAGAAAUGUUAGCACUUAAAUCAGUUUUUUCUCACUAUACUUAAAGAUUGUUAAUAUUUUGGUAUCUUCCUAGCUUGAUGAAUUUAAACAUAUCUUCAGAUCUGUGACAGUGACAACCAAUAGGACUGAUAAUAUUAGCUUCAAACUGAUAAUAUCCAGGGUUAAAAUAAAAAUCAUAGUGAAAGCAUGAUUGUAAAAUUAUGCCAUAUUAACUUUUAAGUCUGUAAUAGCUUGAUAUCAAAAUGUUAUGUUAUAUACCAUAAAUAAUGGCUAGCGAGAACAUCUUUGGAAAUUCUCAAAUUACCUUUCUUACUACACUGUUUUCAGAAUGAAUGUAGAAAUGAUCCUGUUAGCUUUUCGAAUGUUCUGUGAUUGAAUAUGUUUUUGCUUAAAUAAAGCUUUUGGUAUUUGUUUAAAUUAUACUUCUUGAGAGGUGGAAAUUUUAGAAUAAUCUUUGCUUUGUUUCAGUUUUGUGUUUUUUGAAAUGAAUGUUUAGUUUACUGAGCCAGUUGGUCAUUUCUUCUUCAUGUCUUGUUAAGUCCAGUGAGUAAGCCUGAACUGUGAAUAAAUUACCAAAAACUUACUUA